UAUGUGCGUCUGCAUCUACGAGCAUGCGCAGUGUGUCCAUCCCGACGUUCAGGCAAAAGGGAAGUGAAGAGGAUCGACGCUGCACGCGGCUGACUGGCCUGUUCCGCCGACCGCCACCGCGCCGCACCGCCCGCACCGCAGUUCUCCCGUCGCGCUGGUUGUGCGCGCUCGACGCUAACUGCAUCAUGGUGAUGGACAACCGAACGAAUGAACCAAACAGAAAUGAACAAAACUCUAUAUUUAUUACAAAUUUUCAACACGGUGAAACCGUAAAUUAUUCUUUAGUUUUAUUAAAAGGUAUUAUCACUUAUGGCGCUUGUAAUAAUUAUGAAAAAAUAAAAUGUGCUCUAACGACCAGUGGAAACAAAAUCGAGACGUUUUGGGAUGUAUAUAACCGAGAAUUUAAAAUGUUAAUUGAUCUUCAGAAAGGUGAAAACAUCAUUGAUUUAGAAUUUAACGGUAUGCAAAAAAAUAAUCUUAUUUUAAGGUACGAACCGCGCAGGACGAAUCUGAGAGUUACACCAGUCUUUAUAGUCUGUCAAGGCCACGAUGGUUGUUUUCAAUGUCCACCUGAAAUCGAUAACUCCAUUGAGAGUGCCUGCUCUCGCAUUGCUAUUGGUGCAAAGAUUAUACAGAGUGUCACGGCCGAAAAACUUUACGAAAGCGGUGUCGGCCGUAAAACAUUUCAACUUGAACAUGAAGUAAACAAUAAAAAUCCCGAAUGCAUUGUUUUUAAGAGUUCCUUAAAUGUAAAUAAAGCGCGAAAAAUGAAACAGGAUGAGCUAUGGACACAUUUCGGAAGAGAACUCAUGUUAUCAGACUUAGGAAGUAAUGAAAGAAAGUUCUUAGGAUUUAUUUCCUGUACAAGAUUUAAAGGCACCGAUAAUGAUAAACCUCUUACCCAUGACGAAAUUGUAUCUUACACUGAAGCAUAUGCGGCUUUAGGUGGAGGUGGAUUAGCUUUGUUUGGAUCAGCUUGCUUAUACACAUGGCCAUCAACUAUUGCAGACAUUGUGCCAAAAUUGUUGGACCCUACUCCUGUCAAUACCAGAAGAUUUAUGGACGAUAGUGGAUAUCGUGGAACAUGGGGAGGGUGUUUUGCAACAACAUUGGGAUCUGUUUUGCAUGAAUUGGGUCAUACUUUUGAUCUUGGUCAUACAAAAGAUGGAAUCAUGGGCAGAGGUUUCGACAAUUUAGAUCGUGUGUUUCUAGUCGGAGAUAAAAGAUCAGCAUUAACAAAAGACAAUAUGAAUAAUUUUAAUGGUAAGCCAGUGCAACAUUCUACAGUUUCUUUACAACGAAAUAUAAACGUCACUAUGAAUGUGGCCGAACCCUUGAGAAUAUUGGGACCCCGAAGUAAGACGACCCUUGGUAACUUUGUUUCUAUGUCCAAAUCGGAUAUAGUUCGACGGAGUCCCAACGUUACUCCCAUAACAAGACCUUCUAGUGUUUAUUCUACAAUAACUAAUAGAAUGUCAGAGUCUAAGAGAAAUGCAAACCGUUCAAAUGGUAAUGAUUCAAUUUAUUGGACCCGAAAUUGUGCAGUUCUGUUAUCAUACCAUAGAUGGUUUAACAAUGAGUACGGCAGAGAGAGACAAGCCAUAACACGAUCAUUAAAGUUUGAUAAGAACAAGAUGUUGAUAUUAUCGACGGCCGGAAUAAGAAUUGUGGAAGUUAGAGAUGAGACGAGUGGGAUGGUUUUGGAUUCAUACGAAUUCACUAAUGUUCUUCCGGAAAAGAGAUUUUUAGUUCCGUUUACAUUUUCCCCAAAAAGCAGAAUAUUAACAAUUAUUGUAGAAGAUGACUUAGGAAACGUGUUAAAACAAACAUUUUCAUACUAAAAUGUGUAAUAGUGAUGGAAUCGUUAAAAACCAUUUGGUUGGCAAACUCAAAAAGUGGCAAUUAUGGUGACAAUAAAGAGCAUGUACAUAAAUGUUAGCAAGGACUGAAAAGUGGCGAAAUCAGUAAGAUUGCAAUAGCGUAUUUACA